CGGGCUCAGCCGGGCCGGGGCGCGCCGGGCGCCGCCAUGGGCAACCUGUUCGGCCGCAAGAAGCAGAGCCGGGUGACCGAGCAGGACAAGGCCAUCCUGCAACUGAAGCAGCAGCGGGACAAGCUCCGGCAGUACCAGAAGCGGGUCACGCAGCAGCUGGAGCGAGAGCGGGCCCUGGCGCGGCAGCUGCUGCGGGACGGCCGGAAGGAGCGGGCCAAGCUGCUGCUGAAGAAGAAGCGGUACCGGGAGCAGCUCCUGGACAAGGCGGAGAACCAGAUCAGCAGCCUGGAGGCCAUGGUGCAGAGCAUUGAAUUCACCCAGAUCGAGAUGAAGGUGAUGGAGGGGCUGCAGCUGGGGAAUGAAUGCCUCAACAAGAUGCACCAGGUCAUGUCCAUAGAGGAGGUGGAGCGGAUCCUGGAUGAAACGGAGGAGGCCGUGGAGUACCAGCGGCAAAUCGACGAGCUGUUGGCAGGAAGCUUCACCCAGGAGGAUGAGGCCGCCAUCCUGGAAGAACUGGACGCCAUCACCCAGGAGCAGAUCGAGCUGCCGGAGGUGCCCACGGAGCCCCUGCCUGAGAAGAUGCCAGAAAAGGCCCCUGCCAAGGCCCGGCCCAGGCAGGCGGAGCUGGUGGCAGCUUCCUGACUUGCAGACCUCGGGCCUGGCCUACCGUGUCUGGGUGCACACUGAGUGCACGGCUCCCCCAGGCCUGGUGGGUGCGCCGGGCCGUGAGGCUGACAGCGGGCAUGCCAGGCUCGGAGCGGCCUGCACUCUGAGCAUCUGUGGACUAAGUGGAAGCCUUCGACCUGGGCCCAGCCCACCGUGGCAGCUGAACCAAGGCUCCCGUGGUGGCCACUCCUGGUGCUUGCCGGCCCAGCCUGGACGGCUCCUGGGUGGGGCUGUCACCGUCAGGCCCCGGGCCCUUGCUUCCUGUUGUUCUAUGUGCCGGUGGCGGCUGAGGCCCAGGCCAGGCCUGGCUGUGUGUCGCGCCACGGAGACACAGCUGAGACGGAGACCAUCUGCCAGGCAACCUUGACACUGGACAAACUUGAAGUUGCCACUCGGCAGUGCCCAGGCCGGCGUGGGGCCCUCCACCCUAAGCCUACGCACUCAGAGCUCAGCAUGUAUUAAAGCUGGCUACCGGCCACCGCUGCCCUGUG